AUGGUGCCACAGAGCCUUGGUUUAAUCCUGGCUUUUCCAGUGAGCUAUUUCAACAAACACCUUCACUUCACUUCAAUUAUUUCUGAUACAACAACAAUCCAAGACCUCAUAAAGGAAAUUUCUUUUUAUCCAAUCAGUUCAUUGAACAUGGGUAUUGAGCUGCCUUCAAUCCCAUCACCAAUGCCUAAACCAUCAAAAACUUCGUCUGCAAACACUGGGAGUGACUAUAUAAUAGAUGCAACAUCAAGUGCUGCUGAUGAGUAUGAAAUUGCACCGGAAUUUCCACUAGGAAAUAGUGGUUUGUUGGAAGACCUAGUAGAGAAAUCUCAAGCUGACUCAGGCUGA